AGAGAUAUUCAAAAAAAUAGUGCCGCCCGGUCCAAUCAAGGGCCCUAUCGUAGUAGUAGCGUUUCGUUUACUACUAUUCGUGCUCAAUUCUCGGCCCUUCCCGUCGAAGACCGGCUAGAGUUCCUAAAAGGUUUAUUAUUUUCCGUGGAAGAAAUAGCUUUAUUGGUGAAGCUUAGGGAAAAACAGAAUCUUACUUGGCCGGAGGUGACGAGACAAUUUGCACAGAAAUUUGCCGGGAGGAGUAAAGGGUCUAUACAGGUGUACUGGAGCACGACGCUCAAGAAACAGCGGCAAGCUUUGGCGGAUGCCACGUUUAGUCCUUCUAGAGGCUAUCUUAAUCAUACCACCGACAUGUCAGGCAAUUCCACAGUACAGAAUCCAACAAGUAUCACCUCCGCUGCUCCUGCGCCCACCAACGCCCUGAAUGGAUCUACCACAGAUUGUGGUCUGUGGUAU